AUGUUUGCUCUCACCAACGUCACUGCGCUCGACUUAUGCCUUGCUUGUGUCGGAGUAUAUCUGCUUAAGCAGGUCUUCAACAAGAAGAACCCUCCAUAUCCCCCUGGUCCUCCGGGGUGGCCUAUCAUCGGGAAUGUCCUGGACAUGCCCUACAUCAGGCCAUGGCUCACCUUCACGGAGUGGGGCGAAAAGUAUGGCGACAUUUCGCAUAUUAAUGUUCUGGGUCGACACAUCGUGGUGCUGAACUCUGUCAAAACUGCGAUGGACAUGCUGGACAACAAGAGCAUCAUUUACUCCGACCGUCCUAUUCUUCCUGUUGGCGGCGAACUUAUUGGCUGGAAGAACGUUAUGGUUCUCCUCCCUUAUGGCGACCAUCUGCGCCGGCACCGCAAAAACUUCCACGGCGUCAUUGGCACCCGCGCCGCUGUGGCCAUAUACAACCCGGUCGUGGAGGUCGAGACUCACCGAUUCCUCAAGCGUGUGCUCGCGAAACCCGAUCAACUGCAGGCACAUGUUCGACACACCGCUGGCGCUGUGAUUCUGCGCAUCUCUCAUGGUUACGAGGUGAAAGAGAACGACGAUCCCUUCGUUGACCUUGCAGACCGCGUUAUGAACCAGUGGUCGCGUGCCACCGCCCCUGGCGCUUUCCUGGCUGAUGUCAUGCCAUUUUUGAUCAAGGUCCCUGAAUGGUUCCCCGGUGCUGGCUUCAAGCGUCUGGCCCGCAAAUGGCACGACAACCUUGAAGAAUUGGUUUGUGCACCGCACAAGUUCGUCGUGGAUCAGAUGGCUGCUGGCACUGCCCCGGAGUCUUUCACAUCGAAUCUGUUGAGAGGCGGUAGUUUGUCAGCGGAAGACGAGCACAUUGUGAAGUGGUCUGCUGCAGCCCUGUACGCCGGUGCUUCUGACACAACUGUCUCUACUAUCAAUGCGUUCUUCCUAGCUAUGACGCUGUUCCCUGACGUGCAGAAGAAGGCUCAGGCUGAAAUAGAUGCUAUCAUCGGUCCUGAUCGUCUUCCCUCAUUCGCCGACCAAGACACUCUCCCCUACAUGGAAGCGUUUGUUAAAGAGACCCUACGAUGGCAUUCUGUUAUCCCUACCGGUUUUGCCCACUGCGUAUCUCAGGACGACAUCCAUGACGGGUACUACAUCCCGAAAGGUUCCUUGAUCAUGACUAACAUCUGGUUCAUGAUGAAUGACCCGAAGAGAUAUGCUAACCCUUCGCAAUUCAAUCCUGAACGCUUUUUAGGCAAGGAGCCUGAGACAGACCCGCGCACGAUCUGCUUCGGUUUUGGAAGACGUAUUUGUCCUGGUAAUUACCUUGCUGAAGCCUCUGUCUGGUUGUCCGCUGCGAUGUCACUGGCCGUGUUCGAUAUCUCGAAGGUCGUCGAGAACGGUAUUGAGAUCACCCCUGAGGUUGAUCCGAUAUCAGGCACAAUCAGCCACCCUAAACCAUUCAAGUGUUCCAUUAAGCCUCGCUCUUCAAGAGCCGUCGCGCUCAUUGAGCAGGACGUUGGCUAUUAA